CUCCGGUGCUCGCGAGCUCGGUGAGCAGGCGGCGGCAGCAGCAGCAGCAGGCGCGCGCGCUCUUUGCCACCGCAGCGUCUCGCGCGCAGCACUCAUCAGGUCCGCUCGUGCAGAGGCUCCGCGCGCGCGAUCUCCGGCAGGAUCCGCUGUAACAGAACGCACGCGCAGCACACCGGGGAUCAAAACAGAACCGACACACAAACUAACGGCAGAGCUGUAACGCGCUUCUCCUGCGGGCAGACACAUCAUCAGGCGCCGCGAGGUCCCGGUCCGAGCCUGCAUGCGCUCAGGGGCUGAAACGGCAAUGAUGUUUUGAAUGGUAAAGAGAAGAAGAAAAAAUGACCACCGAGAAGGGUCCUGAGUCGGAGGUGAAGAAGGCAGCGGAGGAACCGUCUCAACAGAAGGCAUCUGCAGGCAACAUAUCCGAGUCGUCUUCAGACGGCAAAAUGGCCAAACAGGACCAAGAUGGCAAACGUCCAGAUGAUCACAAAGAUCCAGAUGAUGAAUCAGAACUAACAACACCAGGCAAAAGCCCCAAAUCGCCACAGAAGUCAUCCAAGCGUUUGAAGACUGUCCCCUUCAAGGUGACUCUCCUGGACAGCUCUGAUUAUGAAGCUGGUAUUGAGAAGCACUGCAAGGGUCAGGCACUGCUGGAUCUGGUGUGUGAACAUCUCAACCUGCUCGAGAAAGACUACUUCGGCUUGACCUUUAGCGAUUCAGACAGCCAAAAGAAUUGGCUGGACCCCUCCAAGGAGAUCAAGAAGCAGAUUCGAACUUCUCCUUGGCAUUUUGCCUUCGCGGUUAAAUUCUACCCUCCAGAUCCUUCUCAGCUCAUGGAGGACAUCACCAGGUACUACUUGUGCCUACAGCUGCGUGAUGACAUCCUGUCCGGUCGGCUCCCCUGCUCGUUCGUCACUCACGCUCUGCUGGGUUCCUACACCGUCCAGGCUGAGCUCGGGGACUACGACCAGGACGAGCACAGCACUGACUACGUCGGUGACUUCCGCUUUGCCCCCAAUCAGACCCGUGAGCUGGAGGAGAGAGUCAUGGAGCUGCAUCGCACCUACAGGGGCAUGACGCCUGCUGAGGCAGAAAUGAACUUCCUGGAGAAUGCCAAGAAGCUGUCCAUGUAUGGGGUCGAUUUACAUCAUGCAAAGGAUUCAGAAGGGAUUGAAAUCAUGCUGGGCGUUUGCGCCAACGGCCUGCUGAUCUACCGUGACCGCCUAAGGAUCAACCGCUUCGCCUGGCCCAAGAUCUUGAAGAUCUCGUAUAAGAGGAGCAACUUCUACAUUAAGAUUCGCCCAGGAGAGUACGAGCAGUUUGAAAGCACCAUUGGCUUCAAACUGAAUAACCACAGAGCUGCGAAAAGACUCUGGAAGGUCUGCAUCGAGCAUCAUACCUUCUUCAGGUUAGUGUCUCCAGAACCUCCUCCUAAAGGCUUCCUGGUGAUGGGCUCGAAGUUCCGGUACAGUGGGCGGACACAGGCCCAGACGAGGCAGGCCAGCUCCCUGAUUGAUCGGCCUGCUCCUCAUUUCGAGCGCUCCACCAGUAAGAGGCACCUCCUGUCGCGCAGUCUGGACGGAGAGUUCUCCAGGCCGCUGUCCACGAUGAUGGAACCUCAGGAUGCUCUGUCCCAGAGGAGUGAGACACACUGUUUCUCAGGAGACGAGGACGGAGAACCUGAUCUGAGUCUCGACCAGGACCAAGAAGAUUCCAGUGUCACCACUCCAACCAGGAAGAAAGAGAUUAAGUUUCUGGAUAAAUCACAAGACAUGCUGUUGAAGCAUCAGGCAAGCAUCAACGAGCUGAAACGAGCCUUGAGGGAACCAAACAGCAAGCUGAUAAACCGGGAAAAGCAUCUCUCAGCGACCUCACCGGGUGACACACCUGAGAAGAAGGCUGAGGCAAUUGGAGCAGGUGGAAGGGAACCUAUUAACAGCCUUUCAGUAGAAGACUUCAUCCAGAAGACAUUGGUGAUAUCGCCCGAGGGUUCUGAGGAGUGGGUGUUAAUUGAAAAACAGAGCACUUACCAACUUGACUAUGAAAUGGAAGAGAAAGAUAAGAGCAAAUCCAAUGUUUCUCCACUUCCUUCGGUCACUGAAGUACCUUUAGAACAAAAGAUGAUACAUAUUGAAGUAACUGGUGAAGAUGGGAAAGAAAUGCAGGUUCAGAUGGACACCUUCCCAUCUCCUAAGAUACCAGGAAAGGAUGAAUCAAAGCAAGGGACUGAUAUGAGGGAAGACAAAGUACCAGAGGUGUCGACUGAACCAAAGACCAUAGAAACCAAGGUGGACAAAUUACAAGACGCAAAAGAGGAAUGUCCUUCAGACAAACCGCACAAGGAAACAAGACCACAGAGUCUAAAUUUGGGAAGACUAGAGUUUGUGUACGAGACCAAAACAGAGACAUCAAACAUACAACAAGAGGAAUCUGAUGAAGACAAUAAUACAUCAGGGAAAGAGGUGACGCCAACCAGGAAACCAGGAACAGAAAGCUGGUCCGAGCUCCUGCCUGAGAAGAUGAUGGAACAAACAAAAGAAAGGACACUAAAUGAAGAGAAAGAGAAGGAACUUAACAAAGCCAUGGACGAAGAUCAAGAGAAACCAAUUCUGGGCAAUACAGGGUUCGAUGAUGCCAAACAACAAGCAGGCGAUCAACUACAGGAAGUAUUGUUUGAGUCAAAGAGCAUUAAUGUUGAUGAACAGCAAGAUGCCUCUGACUCAGUUAAUGGUCCCAUAAAAGAUGAGAUUAAACAAAAAUCAGAGAUAAAGUUCGAGGUUACCAAAAUCAUCAUGAUUGACAACAGUGAAAAUGAAGAGGAGCCCGAGUAUGAAAGCCACCAGAGAAUGGAUGAAUUUGUGCCUGAAAAAAAGAUCAGCAAUAUUGAACAGGAGAGUCUCGAAGAGGUCCUUCCAGAAAAGGUACAGAGAAGGACAAAGGCCGCAGGGUACGUUCGUACCGAAAUAACAAGGAUCGUCCCAUUAAAACCAGAGAGGGCAAAGAGUCAAGAAUACAGAGAUGAUGCAGAUAUUGGUGAAGAAUCGAGACUGAUGAAAAGACAUUUGAAAAGACAUAGCAUGUAUGAAUCUCUAGAGAGACAAUUUGACCCGAGUAGGUUUGAUUCCAGGGACGCAAGCUCUUCACAUACUCUAUUUACUUCCUACAAAGCCACCAGAUCUCAAGAGGCAUCGCCUUUAUCCAAAGUGGAUGUAGAACAUAACCUCUUACAAACCAAUGAGCAGCAAUCAACGAUGUACAGUGAGUGUCUGCUCAAAGGAAAUGCUAUUCAGGAUGAAGAGGUGAUCAAAUACAUCUCCAAAACAGGGUACGAAGAUCUUCCUCAGUCUGAUGAAGUGGCCAUGGAGGUUCAUAUGUUCUCCAAGACCCAGGGUGGCCAAAAAAGUGGUCCUCCGACUCCUCCGGUCAAAACCAAGAAGGCCAGAGAAUCAGGACUGAUACUUCGAAACAGCCGCAAUACCAGCAAAGAGCCAGCAGUGGAAGUCUCUUUGAAGAAACAGCACGGGGAGCCUCUUUCCACUCCUGCCAUUUAUGAAGAGACAGUAGAUGACAUCAAGCGGCGGCCACUGUCCUCCAGUGAAUACGAGUACGAUCGCAACACCGCAGUGACUCUGAGGGACUCGCACCUGGGCAUUGAGCGUAAGUGCUCCAGCAUGACGGUCAGUUCCACCUCCAGCCUGGAGGCUGAGGCUGACUUCAGCACGUUCAUGGAGCUUCCAGGAGGAGCGGAAGAGUCUUCCAAGAGCAUGGCUGAGCUUGAAUUGGCAGAGGACUUCAGCAUUACCCACAUCACAGGACCUCAUGAUGGGCUGCCCACAAAGGAGAGAGUACAUGAAGAACGCAUCCACCAUGAAGUGGAACCUCCACCUGUGGCCAAGAAAGAUCCAAAUGCAGUGAAUGUGGCGCAUCUGUUGAGAAAAGGAGAACCCAGAGUGGAACCUCAAGCCAAUGGUUCUGGGGUUCCUCACAACAUUACAGGCAUCCCAGAUCAGCAGCCUGUGCAGGAGGUGGGUGGCGGCGAUGUUAACUGUGAGGAGACCGUAGUCUCUGACAAUGAUGUCAUCCAGCCGCAGGAGGGAGAUCUGAUCCAGAAAGAGAGCAGACUAAAGGAAGCGAAAGAGAACGGUUCUCCUCUUAAAACAAGCAGCACUGGGAAGGAAUUUAUCGUGGCUCCUAUCAGCAAUGAAAACGUCACUUCCACAACUACGACGCAAGUCACAAAGACGGUUAAAGGAGGAUACUCGGAGACAAGAAUUGAGAAAAGGAUUAUUAUCACAGGAGACGAUGCUGUGGACCAACAUCAGGCUCUCGCGAUGGCAAUACAAGAGGCCAAACAGCAGCAUCCCGACAUGCUCGUGACGAAGGCCGUGGUGGUCAGAGAAACAAAUCCUUCUUCUGAGGAGAAACACAGGACAUCUGAGUCUUGAUCACAGACAGACUCAUGAGAUCAGAGUGAAGACAGGAGCAUCACCUUCAUCCCCACCUUCUACAGCCAGCUAUGAGAAGCUAACCAUUGCGACUUAGCAGUAACACCGAUGACGAUCCCUGCAUCUUGAACCUGUACGGUCUGUGGCUCCUCCUCCCUCAGACUCUGAUGUCAUAACCCCAUCAAUGCAGUGCAGUUCCUCCAUAUCGACCGUUUCGACCACUGCACACAGUGCUUCUCUGUCAAUACUCCGUUCACUAUUUUAUCCCUGAACUGUAUAAAUGUUGAUAGUCAUCUCCAGUUUAGCCUCUUAAACUGUGAAUAGCAGAAACUCUGAAAUCUCUGGGGAUAAAAAAGUAACCCAGCGUCCGUCUCGUGUGUUUGGCGUCGGCAUUAUCUGUUUCACGAGUUUCCACCCGGAUCUCGCUCUAAAAUACCCAUAAUCCCUCAUGUUUACUGUGGAAUACUUAUUUUUUCGUGAAGAUACUUUCGGUUCUUCCUUCACGUAUGACUUUAGAGGAGAUUGAAGGUCAGACAUCGCCUGGAGUCAUGGUUCUGCGCUUUCCGCUUGCUGUCACUUAUACGAUGCUCACCUGCUGUCUUUUUAGCAUUUUCUAAUAUAUAAGAGAUGAUCAAAAAGUGUUUGCUUGUUAAUUACAACUGAGCGUAUUUAUCGAUUAUAAACAUACAUAUGCAUGAUUAGCUGGUGUGGAUGAAGAAAGAGUCCGAUCUUUGAUGUCCAACUAGCAGCAUUUUCAGAGAAGUCUGAUAAUAUUAAUCAUGGACAUAACGGUCGUAAAGCCCACUCAGAUUCCAUGUCAAUUAAUUAUAUAUGCGCAUCAUGCGUUGGAAAAAAAAAAAGGUGGUUUUUUGUUUUAUUUUGUUUUCACUGCAUCUGCUUCUGGAGUACUUGGGCCCUGCAUUAUUUCCAACAUGUCCUACUGCAUCCUUACAAAUCCUUCUGAAUAAUAAUAAUAAUAAUAAUAAUAAUUAUUAUUAUUAUUAUAAUUAUCAUUAUUAUUAUUAUUAUUAUUAUUUUAAGAGCUAUAUAAACCAUAUCUACAGGCUACAAUGGAAUUUAGGGGGAAAAGAUUUUAAUAUAAAUGUAUCUAAAAAAGUUCAUGUGAUGUUUUAUUUUUAUUUGAUAAAAUGUAUGAGUGUGAUUAAAAAUGUAUUUAUAUGAA